UCAGCAUCCUUCUUCGUGUCCCCUUUGCAGCACAGCACUGGCCCUGAAAUUCCCCAAUAAUUUCCCUUUCGCUUGCCGACGGCGACGGCGACGGCGGUCCAGAUCCGUUGCCAAGCUCCGCCCCCGCGUUGUGCUCGUCGCAUCCUCCCAAUCCGAGGCCCCGGCAUCUCGCGUUCAGCAAUCCUGUGCAUUCUUUAGUGGCAUUGCUCAUUACUUGAAGGCUUUGCCGUUGUUAACAUAGACUGGGAUCAUCUUAAGUGCUCUUCAGUGGCAUUGCUCAUUACUUGAUGGCGAGGCAUGACACCUAUGAUUGACAAGGAAACUCACAAGGCUUGCCGUUGUUAACAUAGACUGGGAUCAUAUUAAGAUACUUACUAAUUAAGCAGCAAACCACUACUACAAGCAAUUAUUUUGAGAGUGAGACGAAAGGGAAACCCUAAGCUAGGACCAGGCGGCGGCGAGAGAAACCACAAAAGGCGAGCGACGGCGGGUGGCGGGCUGGCGGCCCGGCAAAAGAGGGAGAUGCAGAAGGAAGGGGAGAUCGUACAGUCUCGUCCCAAGAAGAAUCGAGCUGACCUUGCUGAUGAGCUCGAGUUCUUCACGGAGCUCCGCAAUACGCUGAUGAAGGAGAGGUUUGAUUCUUCCAACUCCUACUGUAGAUUGGACACACAGAAGGGACUUGGUUUUGUCAGCAAUCGUAUCAAGGUCUUGCGCAAGCGUCUGGGGAUAACCGCCGGAACUGCCCACAGUUCCCCCGCGAUAUCUGAUCCGACUGACCCCUUGGAGAAGCAUGUGAAUGAUCUCGGUUUGACGAUAGGAGCAGAUCCAAUUCAAGAUGAUUGUGAUGGUAGUGCUGAUGGCUGCGGUGAUGAGGAGGAAGAGGAUGAGAUGGAGUGGGGCAAGCCAGCCAUGGAGGAGGAGGAAGUCCGAAGGAUCACCGGCCCUACACCAAUGUCGGAGAUUGAUGCAGAGGCAGUGAUGGAGGCAGAUGUCCAAGUUACAGAUGUAUCAGAGAAUUUGGUACUCAAACGGUCAAACCUAAUCCCAUUCUCACCAACACAACGGCAAAAGUGCCCAUAAACGAUGAUGGCCAUGCUCAAGCUGACGUUGAUGGUGUCGACGACGAUGAGAUAGACAGGGGCAAAACAGAGCAACAAUUAGCCAAGGAGGCCAGGGCGAUGGCCAUUGAGAAGGACAUGUUUGAUUUCUUCCGUCAUGACUGGGAGACUGCGUUUAGCCGGCGCAGCGGCCACUUCCUUAACAAGACGACACUGAGUUCCAUGCAGUUUACAAACUUGGCACCUGGGCGCAUCCCAUGCGGUGCUGACAUAGAAUCUGUCGUGCAGAUCUUCUCCUUCAAGCUCAUGGAAGUGAAAGGCGGCUUCAAAUUUCCAUCGUCCGUGUAUGGGGUGGUCGCUGCUCGUGAUACCGCGGACUACAACCGUCACCUUCUCUUCUUUUGUGAUAGGAACAACUCCCAAAAACUCACUCAAGAUGAUCCUUAUCUGCGCCUGAUCGGCCUGUCUCGUGCGGUCUAUGAGGUCCAGCUUAUGGUGAAAGGCAGCGUGAAGUCUCGGGACAGGCCGUUGAUCACCGAUACAUACCGUCAAAUCCGAUGUCGUAUUGGUGUAUCCACGAUCUGCUUUGAGAACUGCUUCUGCACGACGGAGUUACGACCGGAGCGAUUUCUAGGUUCGGUCCAGGCCACCAUCUUGGGCGUACGUGUCAUCAAAUACGGCGGGUUGUGGCCUUUUGGACAUGGUGUUCGGGUUGCUUGCUCCCCGGUAUCACGGGAACUUGUGGAGGACAGUGAUGGUGAACUCAAGUACGUUGCCGAGCCUUCAUCUGGGGAAAUCUUGCUGCUUGAUUCAAAAGAUGGGAGAAGACCUGCGAAUUCAAAUGGAUACCUUUAUCUGUCAAGGCAAGUUGUUUCUGUAGAACCAAGCGGACACCUGGAAGUUGAAAUACAGGCCUAUGCACCACCCGGCAUUGUCCCUGCAAAAGCUCAGGUCUACUUCGAUGCCCAAGAAUGCAACAUAGUUCGUGGUAGAUGCUGCCUCCUCGGUGCUGAGGUGGAGAUCUCUGUUGCUUGGUCCCGUCUUGCUUCGGACAUGGAGAUGCUUGCAGCUAUCGAAAGGGAUUUUGAAAGGGACGAACCAGAGGUUGCGUUCACACAAGUAGGACUGAACGGAGAGCCUGACACCGAACGAAUCUUUUAAGAGCUGCUCCCUAUAGUAGUAUUUCUGCAUUGUGUUUGGCUCUAUAUGCAAGGUGUCCAACUAUGACUUAUGCUAUGUAUCUGCAUCUGGUUAUAUAUGUAAGAUGUCCAACUAUAACCUGUCCAACUAAGACUUUUAAGCAUUUCUGUGUUGAUUAA